AUGGCUGGACACGAAGCCUUGUUUUCCUCAUCCCUCCUCUCCACCGAAGUAACAUCAUCUUUGCCGGCCGGCUUCGACAUCCGCCCCCUCGACCGCGGUGACUUCAAGAAAGGCUACCUAGACUGCCUGAGGGUGCUGACUUGGGUUGGUGAUCUCACCGAGGAAGAAUGGAAUAGCCGAUUCGAUGAAAUGUUCCGGGCGGCUGGGACUUACUACCUGUUGGCCCUCGAGUACGAAGGACGCAUUGUUGGUACAGGCUCGUUGGUCGUGGAGCGUAAAUUCAUCCAUAAUCGAGGACUCGUCGGGCAUGUGGAAGAGAUUGCAAUCUCCAAAGAGCUUCAAGGCAAAGGCCUGGGACUGAAAAUGAUCCAAGCCCUGGACUCGAUCGGCAAGAAUGUCGGCUGCUACAAGAACAUCCUCAACUGCGGUCCUCAGAACGAACCAUUCUACGUCAAGUGUGGUUAUUAUAAUUCUGGGACGGAGAUGUCGCAUUAUUUCGACGAGUCGAAAGAUGAUUACCACCGGGGAUGA